GCAAAAUAAAAAGAAAUGGAAAGACCAAAUUCUGCUUUUUUCUUCUUCCUUUUCUUCGACUCUUCUUUUGUUUCAUGGCCGUUAGGCCAUUUCAAUUCUUCAUCUCUCACCAGCAACUAGCAUUUCUUUGUGGUUCUUCUAAUCAUCUACUCCACCCCAAUCUCAUAUCUAUCGUAAAAACAAGAUCAAAAGAAUUACCGUCCUUAGGGUUUCGAAGGAUUUUUUGUGGUGUGCCACUCGAUCAUACAGGCCCGCAAAACCAAGCGAAUCUUCGCCACCCUUCAUCACUACAAGAAAAUCUGGCUCAGCGAAUUGGUAAAGCCACUAGAGCUCCUGGAGCUGCAUCCAAUGCUAGGGUUCAUGCUGAUGCGAAUGUCAUUCGUCCUAAAGAUUAUUGGGAUUACGAAUCUCUUACUGUUCAAUGGGGAGAACAAGAUGAAUAUGAGGUUGUUAGGAAGGUAGGGAGGGGGAAAUAUAGUGAGGUUUUUGAAGGUGUGCAUUCUACAGACAAUGAGCGUUGCAUUAUUAAGAUUCUUAAGCCCGUUAAGAAGAAGAAGAUAAAGAGGGAGAUAAAAAUACUCCAAAACCUUUGUGGUGGACCAAACAUUGUGAAGUUGCUAGAUAUCGUUAGAGAUCAGCAGUCGAAGACUCCUAGUCUUGUGUUUGAAUAUGUGAAUAACACUGAUUUCAAAGUUCUUUAUCCAAAAUUGACGGACUUUGAUACCAGAUAUUAUAUCCAUGAAUUGUUGAAGGCAUUAGAAUUUUGUCAUUCACAAGGUAUAAUGCACCGAGAUGUGAAGCCUCACAAUGUGAUGAUUGACCAUGAGCAGCGAAAGCUUCGACUUAUAGACUGGGGUCUCGCGGAGUUCUAUCAUCCAGGAAAAGAAUAUAAUGUUCGUGUUGCUUCUAGAUAUUUUAAAGGCCCAGAACUUCUUGUGGAUUUGCAAGAUUAUGAUUACUCUUUAGACUUGUGGAGCCUUGGUUGUAUGUUUGCUGGGAUGAUAUUUCGUAAGGAGCCAUUUUUCUAUGGGCAUGAUAAUUAUGACCAACUUGUCAAGAUUGCCAAGGUGCUUGGUACAGAUGACUUAAAUGCAUAUCUAAGCAAAUACCGCCUGCAGUUGGACCCACACCUGGAAGCUAUGGUUGGGAGGCAUAGCAGGAAGCCGUGGACGAAGUUUGUGAAUGCUGAUAACCAGCAUUUAGCAGUUCCAGAGGCUAUAGAUUUUCUGGACAAGUUGCUGCGUUACGAUCACCAGGAAAGACCCACCGCUAAAGAAGCAAUGGCCCAUCCUUAUUUCCAUCCCGUGAGAAGUUCCGGAGGCAGUAGAACGUCUUCGUAAUAGCUUCACAUUCCACACCAUGCUUAUCUAAUUCUUUCUUGGUAUUCCUAUUUAACUGUUGGGUUCUCUUUUUCGACCAAGAAUCCGUCAAAUUUAUGUGUUUAUUUUUUUUAAUAAUAUUUUUUUUGCUUUUCUCUUUCCUUCUUUGUGAUCUCAUAAAGCCAUUGAUUACACUGUUUGAUGGUUGGGUUCCAUAAAUGUUCAUUUUUAGGCCGAGUUAGUUUCAAAACUGUAUACACCAGGAAGUUUGUAAUGGUAUUUGAUGCAAAGCGUCAGUUUUUUUUUUUUUUUGGAAAGUUAAUUAAAAGCAAAUUAC